AUGGCCAGUGCUGAAGCUCAGCUGGUGUCCAGGAAAUACGAAGAGAUGGUACAGCUGCUGCAAGGUUACCGUGAGAAGACCUACGCCGAGUGGAUAAGCAGAGUUGACCAAGAUUGCCAGUUUAACCUGGAACAGCCCUUGAUACGGAGAGAUCCUGAUUCAUCCCUCAUCAGCGUGAACUUCAGCAAAGAGCUCAUUGCAGUUCUACGGGAGGUCAAAUACUUGAACUUCCAGAAUCAGAAGGAUAUUCCAGGCAGUGCAGAGAGUCUCUUUGCUCAAAACGAAAUGUUCCGGAAGUUUGUGGACAAUCUGGACCUCAUUGUCAGCUGGUACAAUAAGAUCCGGCUGACGGUGCUGUCAGUGGAGUUCCCGCUGAUCACUGGGGAGCUGGAGACCAUAGACGGCCAGCUGGAGAAGGCAGAGCAGACCUUGUUCUGGCACCAUGAAGGUGUCAUGGAGUACAUUCAAGGGAUGAGAGAUGUCUUGUAUAAUUUAGAGACCAGAAUUCAGAAAACAAAGUUAAAUGUGGCGAAUAUCACCCAGCUUAUGCAGGAGUGCUCAGCCAGUCCCUUGUUUGAAAGAAAAGACAAUAAGGAGACAGCACUCUUGGACUUGGAUGGGAAAACGAAUCACUUAAACAAGCGCUACGCUGCAAUUAGGGAUGUAGGCGUAAAGAUUCAGAAUAUGGUGAUGGAAAAUGCAGAUCUAUUUAAGGCUGAUAAGUCAUCACAGAAAUGGCUGAACUACGUGGAAUAUAUAGAUGAAAUGGUAUUAGAUGGAUUCUUCAAACUUAUUCACAAAUCUUUACAGUUCCUGCUCAGCAACAUGGUCCCUGAUGCCAGCGUGGCCCCCUUGUUUGAGGCACACAUGGAGCUGUACGAUGACCGAGUGAGACACCGCCCGUUGAUGGAAGUGGGAGAAGACAACAGCUUCUUCGAGCUGGUGGAAAACCUGCUCAAGGAUAUCUACAUGUCUGCGAAAUUCAUCCCUCGGCUGGUGGAGGGAAAGCUGAACUACAAGACCGACCUGGAAGACAUGGCAGACCUCAGUGAGAUGCGGGAGGAGGUGACUUCCCUGGUCGUCAACGUCAUGAAGCAAGCAAGCGAGUACGAGGCCUCCUUUGAGACGUAUUCCUACCUGUGGCUGGAUGACCCCCAGGAGUUCCUGCAGCGGUUCCUCACCUUUGGCCGUGCCCUCACCCCUGACGAGCUGGAACUGCAUGCAGAGGAGUACCUGCCACAUGUGCCCCCAACGCUGGGGCAGUUCCAGCAGCAGAUCGACUGCUAUGAGAAGCUGUACGAGGAGGUGUCCAGGUUUGAGAACACCAAGGUCUUCGACGGCUGGCUGCAGAGUGACUGCCGCCCCUUCAAGCAGGCGCUCCUCAACAUUGUCAAGCGCUGGAGCCUCAUGUUCAAGCAGCACCUCAGCGACCAUGUCACCACCAGUCUCCAGGAGCUAGAAAAUUUCAUGAAAGAAGCAAAUGCUGGCUUGACUAAACCUCUUAAAGAGGGAGAUUAUGACGGGCUGGUGGAGGUGAUGGGACACUUGAUGAGGGUCAAAGACAGGCAGGCGACUACAGACAGCAUGUUCGAGCCCCUGAAGGAAACGAUCGCGCUGCUGAAGACGUACGGAGAGGAGAUGCCCGAGGAAAUCUACCAGCAGCUCCAAGACCUCCCCGAGCAGUGGAACAACACCAAGAAGCUCUCCUUCCAGGUGAAGCAGAACGUGGCGCCUCUGCAAGCCAAUGAGGUCAACAUCCUCCGCAGGAAAUGCCGGCAGUUCGAGGUCCGGCAGCAGGUAUUCAGGGAGAAGUUCCGGGAAAACGCCCCCUUUUCCUACACUGACCCGGACCCGUACAAGUCCCUGAACAAGCAACAGAAAAGCAUCGCCGCCCUGGAGAGCGACAUGGCAGCCCUGUCCACAUCGAGGGGGGGGGGGCUGUUUGAAGUGUCCGUCCCCGACUACAAACAGCUCAAAGCCUGCCAUAAGGAAGUGUGUUUGCUCAAGGAGCUCUGGGACAUGAUCGUCCUGGUCAACACAAGCAUCGAUGACUGGAAGACCACCAGAUGGAAGGAUAUUAAUGUUGAGCAGAUGGAUAUCGACUCUAAGAAGUUUGCUAAAGACAUUCGGAGCUUGGAUAAGGAGAUGAGAAGCUGGGAUGCAUUCACAGGGCUGGACAACAGUGUGAAGAACAUGAUCACGUCCCUGCGCGCAGUGAACGAGCUGCAGAACCCGGCCAUCAGGGACCGGCACUGGCACGAGCUCAUGCAGGCAGCUAAGGUGAACUUCACCAUGUCCGAGGACACGACCCUCGCUGAUCUGCUGCAGCUGAACCUACACAAGUUUGAGGAUGAGGUUCGCGGCAUCGUGGACAAAGCCGUGAAAGAGUCGGGCAUGGAGAAGGUGCUGAAGGCCCUGGAUGUUACCUGGUCAACAAUGCAGUUCGAGCACGAGCCCCACACCAGGACUGGCACCAUGCUUCUCAAGUCAGAUGAAACUCUCAUCGAGACGCUGGAAGACAACCAAGUGCAGCUGCAGAACCUGAUGACUUCCAAGUACCUAGCUUUCUUCCUGCAGGAGGUGUCAAGCUGGCAGCAGAAGCUAUCUACCACUGACUCUGUCAUAAGCAUCUGGUUCGAGGUGCAGCGAACAUGGAGUCACCUCGAAAGCAUCUUCAUCGGCUCUGAAGACAUUCGCAAUCAGCUACCAGAAGACUCCAAGCGUUUUGACUCUAUCGAUAAAGAUUUCAAAGAAUUAAUGGCGGAUGCAGUAAAAACUCCCAAUGUAAUUGAAGCAACAAAUAAACCCGGUCUCUAUGACAAGUUAGAAGCCUUGCAGAAAAGAUUGGCGCUUUGUGAGAAGGCUUUGGCUGAAUACCUAGAGACGAAACGUUUGGCUUUUCCCAGAUUUUACUUUAUUUCUUCUGCAGACCUGCUUGACAUUUUAUCUAAUGGAAAUGAGCCUGCUGAGGUGUCCCGUCAUCUGUCGAAGCUGUUCGAUAGUCUUGCUAAACUGAAGUUCAAAAUGAGCCCAGACAACAAGCCGCUGAAGAUUGGCCUGGGGAUGUUCAGUAAGGAGGAGGAGUAUGUGGAUUUGGACAAAGAAUGCGACUUGUCUGGCCAGGUGGAGGUCUGGCUAAACCGCGUGCUGGAGAGGAUGUGCUCCACGCUCCAGCACCUCAUCCCCGAGGCGGUGGUGACCUACGAGGAGAAACCGCGGGAGCAGUGGGUGUUCGACUACCCAGCACAGAUCGCUCUGACGUGCACUCAGAUCUGGUGGACUACAGAAGUUGGCAUUGCCUUUUCAAGACUGGAGGAAGGAUAUGAAAAUGCAAUUAAAGAUUAUAACAAAAAGCAGAUUAAUCAGCUGAAUGCACUCAUUUCACUACUCCUUGGAAACUUAACUGCAGGAGACAGAAUGAAGAUCAUGACGAUCUGUACCAUAGAUGUACAUGCCAGAGACGUUGUGGCCAAAAUGAUCCUUGCAAAGCUCAAGGAAAGGUGCUGA